AUGUCCCCUGCACCCUUAGACGACGGUGAAAUAACCGUUGUUGAUCAUGAAAAUCUAAACAAUUCUUCGAUGAGUUCAAUUUUAAAUCAAGAUGCAGAUAAUAACAAUACAGUUUUACUACUGAGUGGUGAAAAUGCUUUAACGUUGGGACUAGGGCACUUAUCGUUAGAAUCGAUGGAAAAUGUUGAUUUGGGUGACAUAGACGAACUCGAAAUACAAUCUGAAAGUCAAGAGGCAGAAAUAUCUAGUCCUCUUCCGCUAUCAACAUCUUCAGCACCAGCAACGCCAACUGGAGAAAGGGGUCAAGUGCAGUUUCGUAAUUUUAGCCAGGACAAUAGGGGGAACAGUAAGGACUCGCAACAAUUAGAAGUAAAAUAUUCAUCAAACAAAGGCCUUCUAGACAGCUUUCUUGGAUGUCUAAAACCGAUAUGGAACGUUUGGGGGAAAAUUUACCAAGAUAAUUUGAAAACACCUACUACAGUAAAAGACCAAUGGGAAUAUCCGUUAGAUUCUAUUGUGGAGCUCGUAUUAAUCGGAAAUGGAAUGGAAGGUCAAGUUUAUCGUGGUAAAUUAAACGACAUGGAAAUUGCCUGCAAGCGAGUCAGAACAUUAGACGAAACAAAAAUCCAUCAUUUGAAAAAAUUGAAUCAUGUGAAUGUUGUAAAAUUCAAAGGCAUCUGUGUAUCCGCUCCUAUGUUUUAUAUUCUGAUGGAAUACUGUCAGUACGGAACAUUACAUGAUGUAUUGAAACGACGACGAGAAAAUUCUUGUACAAAACCAACACAAGUUCUUGAUUGGUCAAAACAAAUCUCAUUAGGGAUGAAUUAUUUACAUGCGAAUAAAAUAAUACACCGUGAUUUGAAAUCUCCAAAUAUACUUAUUGGUGCCGGUGAAAAAUUAAAAAUAUCUGAUUUUGGGACAUGUAAACAAAUGUUAAAUCGUCGUAGCCAAGUUAUGUCUUUUAAUGGAACCCACAGUUGGAUGGCACCAGAAGUGAUAAGACAGGAGCCAUGUUCGGAAAAAGUGGAUAUUUGGUCAUUUGGUGUUGUUCUAUGGGAAAUUUUAACCUGUCAAAUACCAUAUCACAAUAUAGAUCCGUCCUCAGUUAUGUUUGGAGUAGGCAAGGGUAGCUUAACCUUACCAAUUCCGUCAUCUGCACCUGAAGGUUUAAAAUUAUUAAUGACAAUGUGUUGGAAUCAAACUCCACGCAAUCGUCCAUCGUUUCAACAAGUCUUGACACAUUUAGAUGUCAAUACACCAGAAAUUAUUCUAUUCGAGCAAGAGCAAGAAUAUCAGACAUUAAAACACAAUUGGUCGAUUGAAAUUAAUGAAAAAUUAAAACCAUUACCGACAAUCGACAUGGCCAGCGUAAUGAAAUUAUCACAUGAUCAAAUACGACAAAAACGUGUCGAAGAAUUACAGCAUAUUCAAGAUAUUCGUCACCAUUAUCAUAAAAAACUACAGCAAACAAAUACAUUGUAUCUUGAAUUAACGACAUUAAUGGUACAACUGGAACAACGUGAAAAUGAAAUAAUAAAAAAAGAACGUGUAUUAAAUAUCAAUAGUGGAAAACAAAAAAGAUUAAUUAGCCCAUUGUUGAAAUAUCAGUAUAAACUCUAUCGAAGAGCGUCAUCUUUACAAAUGAAACUACCAAAUACAAUUAAUAAUGAUAACGUUUGCAAAGUACAUACAAUUUCAAAUCCAUUGUUACAGCAACAGCAACAACUAUCACGUCUACGUCAUUCAUCACAAUCAUCAUCAACAAAUAAACGAAAUUCUUCUAGUCUAGCAACAGAUUCUCAUGAAAUUUCUAAUAAUUCACCCAAGACAUCACAGAAUCCUGUACCAUCAAACACCACAUUAACACAACAGCCAUCGCAAUGCUCUUCGUCGCCAACAGCAUCCAAACCACGUGUGAGAAAAAGGACUAGUCACCAACGUAGUGGUAGCGGUUCUCAAAAAUUUAUAUCAACAAGUGACAGCAACAAACAAACAAAAUGCAUUAACAGUACGUCAAAUGUAGUAAAUGAAACAUCUCAAGGAACAAUGAAACAAACUUCACUAAGUAAAUCUUCAACAGAUAUGAUGAUGGCACCAAUAUCUCAUAAGCGAACUGAAUAUUUUACUUCAGCAGUUAGCGUUCCAUCUAUAUCGGCUGAUAUCGAGCUAUCAUUACUCACUGGCAACAGCACAUCCAGUAACCAAAGACAACCAUUAUCUAGACGAGGGCUUACUCUUGAAAUAGAUAACCCAAUCACAACCGAUACUUUUUUAUCCAUGCACAAACGUUCAUCUACAAUAUCAGCACCGAUACCAACACUUUUUACCUAUGGUCGAAAAUCAUCAAGCAGUGGAGGUGACGAUUGUGAAGAAGUAUAUCCAGGUAUCUUAAAGCAAUCACGUCGUCAAACACGUUUAAGCAGUUGUAAUAGUGGCACAAGUAGCACGAAAAAUACAUUAUCAACAACGUCAACAUUAAAAAAUAGUCCUAAAAGCGGUGAUCAAACAGAUUAUUCAACGCUAUCACAAAAGCAAGAUUAUGACAACGAAACAGCUUUAAGUUUAGUGAACAGUGCAAAUGGUGAUGAUGAAAAUAACAACAUUGGAGAGGAUGAAUUAAAAAUUAGUGGAAAUAUACGAACCGAAAUGAGAAGACAACGAAAUAUGACAUUUUUAUCAUCUUCCUCAAAAACAACUGAUCGAAGUCCGGUAACGACAAAUAGUCAAAUACGGAAAACAUCUGGAACAAAAACUAUGCGUUAUAGUUCAUCUGAAGAAGGAGAAGUUGAAGAGGUAACGAGUGAUCAUUUUGUGAUGGACGAUGAGAAACAUCGACAAAAACAUCAAGAUUCAAAUCGUGUUUCGGGUACCUUUUCAUCAGAAAUAGAUGAUAAUGAAUUAUAUCCAGAAAGUAAUCGUUCAUCAAUCAAAAGCGAGGGUGUUGUCUCCGAUGAAGGUGGUCAUAUCUCUGAUGAGCGACCAGAAUCACGUGAAUCUUGUUUGAAUCAUACGAAUGAUGAUGAAUAG